AAAAAAAUAAGUUUGUCUUACCUAUCCACCACCACCACCAGGUGUGUGUGUGUGUGUGUGUGUGCAAUUUUUGGUUCAUCAACCUUGACCCGAAGGACGUUCAUCAUCAUCAUUAUUGGUUCUUGUCACUGUAGUUAUAAAUAGAUGGAUGGAUGGAUGGAUGGAUAUGUUGGUAGGUUGUUGUGACCUGUGGUUCUUUUGUUGUUGCAGCUGAUGCGAUUCAAUUUGACCAGCAAAAUUAUUGAAUUGAAAUGCAUGAUUGCACAUUUUAGUGGACAUUCAGUUCGUUUAGUUUGGUAUAUAAUAAAUAUAUAUAAUGAAAUCGACAAAGAAUACAGUAAUGUGAUUUCAGUGUUUGAACAGAAAUGCAUACAACAAAUAGUAUUUGGUUUUUGAAUUUUCAUCCACUUAUUAUUUGGAUAUUUUUAUCAUUUUUCAUCAUUUCAUCAUCAUUGUAUAGCCACGAUAUUGAUGACAACAACAACAACGAUGAUGAUGAUGAUGAAUUAAUUGUUCAACAAAUUCUAAACAUAACAAACUGUGGUGGUUUACAUGUUUCUGAUUCAUAUGGAAAAAAUAAAAUAAAACUAGAAACCGAAACUUUUGAUCCAUAUAUUGUUGGUGGUCAUGAAUCCAAAUCAAAUUCAUGGCCAUGGAUGGUCGGUAUUUAUCGUCAUCAACGUUUCAUUUGUGGUGGUAGUAUCAUCGGUACAAAAUAUAUAUUGACAGCUGCACAUUGUAUUACACGUGGUAGUGUCAAUACAACAACAUUGGCUGAAAAUUUAAAAGUCUUUAUCGGUUCUAAUCGAUUACCGAUUAAUAAUAAAAAAUUGAAUUCAACAUCAUCAACGGUGACGACGACGAUGACGACGACAACAACAACAACAACGAAACCGGAUAUUAAUUUGGACGAUAUUUUAUUGAGAAAAAAUAAUCAAAGCGAAUCAUCAAUUGGUCAGUUAUUGUCCAUAGAAAAGGUAAUUCCACAUGAAUCGUAUGCACCACGAUUUAUAAUGAAUGAUAUUGCAUUAUUAAAAUUGAAUGAAACACUCAAAUUCACGCAAACAUUAUAUCCAAUUUGUUUACCAACUACGAGAAUUGAUGAAAAAAUUCUUGCCGGUCAUAAUACCACUAUUAUUGGAUGGGGCCAUCAACGUGAAGGUGGCAUUAUAACGAAUCGUUUACAUGAAGUACAAAUACCGAUUAUAAGUAAUGAAAAAUGUAGAAAAAUUUAUGGUGAAAAACGUAUUGAUGCACGACAAUUGUGUGCUGCAUAUGAAAUGGGUGGCCGUGAUUCAUGUCAAGGUGAUUCAGGUGGUCCAAUGAUUAUCAAUGGUAAUCCUAAUGGCGAUAAUGAUAAACAACGAUUCUAUCAAAUUGGUAUUGUAUCAUGGGGUCGUGGUUGUGCACGUCCUGAUCAACCAGGUGUUUAUACACGUGUUGCUAAAUAUAUUCAUUGGAUUUUCAAUCAAAUUCGUUCAGAUUAUCCAAUCGAUUCCGAAUCAUCACCAAUAGUUUCAACGACCGAAUCAAUUUGGAUAGAAGAAGAAAACAAAAUUUAAAUUCAAAUGAAUUGAAAGGACACA